AUGGGUAAAAGCGUGGUAAAGAAGGACAAGAAACAAGCCUCUAAAGUUAAAUCUUCUGGCUCCAAAGAGGCUGCGAAAAAGUCUGUUUCUAAGAAGGAAACGAAAGAAGUGAGUUCUUCUAGCUCGUCAGAGUCUUCUUCCGACAGUGAGUCGUCAUCGUCAGAGUCGUCAUCUUCGUCAUCUUCGGAUUCCGAAUCUUCCUCGUCGGACUCUGAGUCUAGCUCGUCAGACUCCUCCGAUAGCGAGGAUGAAGAAGAGCAAAAAUCUAAAAAAGUGAAGGAAGCCAAGAAGGCUAAGGAAUCCUCCAGCGAGUCCGAUUCUUCGAGCGAUUCUGACUCUUCUAGUGAGAGUGAGAGUGAGGGCGAGGAAGAGAAGCCAAAGAGCAGCAAGGCCCAAACGGAAGCUGAGUCCUCGUCUAGCGACUCCUCAUCCGACGACAGUGACAGUGACAGCGAGAGCGACAGCGAAGAACAAAAAACCGAGACUCAAGAGAAAAAGGCUGCUUCGUCUUCCAGCUCCUCAAGCUCGUCGUCUGCGAGCAGCAGCGACUCGGAAUCCUCGAGCGGUUCUGACUCCAGCAGCUCCUCUGGCUCCGAAUCCUCCAGCGAGGACGAAGAAGAGGAAGAAAAGCCUAAGAAGCGUAAGAACGAGGACGUCGAAGAACCUGUCAAAACCAAAAAGGCUAAAGUGGAGACUACUGGCGAACCUGCUACCAUUUUCGUGGGCAGAUUGUCCUGGAGUAUUGACGACGAGUGGCUAAAGACCGAAUUCGACCACAUUGGUGGCGUCGUUUCCGCCAGGGUCAUCUACGAACGUGGCACCGACAGAUCCCGUGGUUACGGUUACGUUGACUUUGAGGACAAGGCUUAUGCCGAGAAGGCCGUCAAAGAGAUGCACGGUAAAGAAAUUGAUGGGAGACCUAUUAACUGUGAUAUGUCCACCAGCAAACCUGCUGGCAACCCAAGAAACGACCGUGCUAAGAAAUAUGGAGACGUUCAAUCUGAAGCCUCCGACACGUUAUUUUUGGGCAACUUGUCGUUCAACGCCGACAGAGACAACAUUUUCGAAACCUUUGGUGAACACGGUGAGGUCAUCUCUGUGCGUUUGCCAACGCACCCAGAGACCAACCAGCCAAAGGGGUUCGGUUACGUCCAAUACUCUUCUGUAGACGACGCAAAGAAGGCCCUUGAGGCUUUGCAAGGACACUACAUCGACAACAGACCUGUCAGACUCGACUUCUCCACACCCAAGCAAAACAACAACGGUGGUGGCAAUGGAGGCAACCGCGGUGGAAGCCGUGGUGGAAGAGGUGGCUUCGGCGGUGGCAGAGGUGGCUUUGGCGGUGACAGAGACUCUUACAAAAACACCGGUUCUGGCGCUAACAACGCUCCACUGGGAAAACCAAGACAAUCUGCUUCUUUCCAGGGCCAAAAAAAGAAGUUCGAUUAA